CUGCAUUGUGACAACCCAUGGGCCACCUCCCAUGGCUGGCCAUUCCUCCUGCGUGAUAGAUGAUAAAAUGAUUGUCUUUGGAGGUUCUUUAGGAUCCCGGCAAAUGAGCAAUGAUGUCUGGGUCCUUGACCUUGAGCAGUGGGCGUGGUCCAAGCCAAACAUCUCCGGUCCCAGUCCUCAUCCUCGAGGUGGCCAAUCUCAGAUUGUCAUAGAUGAUGCAACUAUCUUAAUCCUUGGAGGGUGUGGCGGUCCCAAUGCUCUGUUCAAAGACGCUUGGUUGUUGCACAUGCACUCAGGUCCCUGGGCCUGGCAGCCACUCAAGGUAGAACAUGAAGACCAUGGGGCCCCUGAACUGUGGUGCCAUCCAGCUUGCCGGGUGGGACAGUGCGUGGUAGUCUUCAGCCAGGCUCCUAGUGGGAGAGCCCCACUCAGCCCCAGUUUGAACUCUCGCCCAUCACCUAUUAGUGCCACUCCUCCAGCCCUGGUUCCUGAAACCCGAGAGUACCGCUCUCAGUCUCCAGUAAGGAGUAUGGAUGAAGCUCCUUGUGUUAACGGCCGCUGGGGAACACUGAGGCCCAGGGCUCAAAGGCAAACUCCCUCAGGUUCCCGGGAAGGGAGCCUUUCCCCAGCCAGAGGAGAUGGCUCUCCAAUCCUCAAUGGUGGGAGUUUAUCACCAGGAGCAGCAGCUGUCGGUGGCUCUUCCUUGGACAGCCCUGUACAGGCCAUAUCUCCGAGCACUCCAUCUGCUGCUGAAGGAUAUGACCUAAAAAUGGGACUUUCUUUGGCCCCCCGACGAGGUUCACUACCAGAUCAGAAAGAUCUGAGAUUAGGAUCAAUAGAUGUGAAUUGGGAUCUGAAACCUGCUUCUAGUAGCAAUCAUAUGGAUGGCGUGGACAACAGGACAGUUGGAGGAAGUUUGAGACACCCUCCUGAACAGACGAAUGGUGUACAUACCCCACCACACGUGGCCAGUGCUCUUGCAGGGGCCGUCUCCCCUGGUGCCCUGCGUCGGAGUCUGGAAGCCAUCAAAGCAAUAUCAUCCAAAGGCCCCUCAGCUUCUGCAGCACUAAGUCCUCCUCUUGGGUCUUCUCCAGGCUCCCCUGGGAGCCAGAGCCUGAGCAGUGGAGAAACAGUGCCCAUCCCCCGCCCAGGGCCUGCCCAAGGAGAUGGACAUUCCUUACCUCCCAUUGCCCGCCGACUAGGCCACCACCCUCCCCAGUCCCUAAAUGUUGGCAAACCCCUGUACCAGAGUAUGAACUGCAAGCCCAUGCAGAUGUACGUGCUGGACAUUAAAGACACCAAGGAGAAGGGGCGGGUCAAAUGGAAAGUAUUUAAUAGCAGUUCUGUGGUUGGACCUCCUGAAACCAGCCUGCAUACAGUGGUACAAGGCAGGGGUGAACUCAUUAUAUUUGGAGGACUCAUGGACAAGAAACAGAAUGUGAAGUACUAUCCAAAAACAAAUGCCUUGUACUUUGUGCGAGCAAAGAGAUAAUGUGUUCUAAACCCCUUUCCCUUUCUUUGGCUUUUAAUUUGGAAUUUUCCAGUGUGCGAGCAUUUGGACUGAGAAUUGGGAAAAAAACAAAAUUGCUCCCAUAAACCGAAAUACCAGUUCCCAACCUAACUCACUCCAGGCUGGGAUCAAGUCUCCAUUAAGAAAAAAAUUAUAUAUAUAAAAAAAAAAAAAUAUAUAUAUAUAUAUAUAUAUAUUAUAUAGCCAACUCUGUUUACAAAAAGGGAGAGAUCUCCGUCCUGGUUCAGAUAAAGUUGUUGCUGUGUUUUAGCAGAGGCUGUGCUGCCUUUUUCUACUUUGCUGGUAACUAGACCAAGAAGUUAGGCAACAGACUAACUAAUAUCAGUAACUUUCCAAAAGAAACUGAAGAGCCCCCUGUAAAUCUUUAUGUGGCCUUCUCAGAGUUAGAAAACAAAAGGGCAUCUAUAAGAUGAAGAGGUAGAGAUUUUUAGACUCAUGUGCUUCAGGUGCUGGCCGGGUAAAAGUAACUUAUGGAAAACUCUUCUUCCCCUUCUCUUAAAACCACAGAGGACCUGUGACAGCUGUGCAGAAAUGCCCUCUGCCUGACCCCUUCUGCCCUUUAUGACUAAGGAAAGUUACCCAUCAAGGGAUUUUGUUCCACAUUUGUGUGCCAGGAUCAUCAUGAAAUAAUGUGUAUGCAGCCCACAUCCAUUCACCUAGUGUGUCCAUUGAUCUUUUGAGUACCCCAUGUGUGUCUCAGAAAACAUUUUGGUGUCUGAUUAUAGAAUUUUCUGACAAUUGUA